AGAAGAACGUUCACCCCGGAAGUUACCCUCGUGUUGGUAGCUGCGCUGACAUUAGCAACGUGAUCAAUAAAAUCGAUUAAAACACUUCGUUUUCAGAAGCCAGCUCUCCAGAAAGGUCAUCAUGGCUGCCUACACCUGCAUCAGCUGCCGCGUGGCCUUUACAGACGGCGAGGUGCAGCGAGCGCACUACAAAACCGACUGGCACCGCUACAACUUGAAGCGCAAAGUGGCCGACAUGCCGCCCGUCACCGCCGAAAACUUCCAGGAGCGCGUCCUGGCACAGAGGGCGACUGCCCAGCAGCAGCUGACGGACGCCUCGCUCACAGAGAGCUGCUCGGUCUGCAACAAGAAGUUCUCCAGCGCCAACGCGCACCAGAACCACCUGCAGUCCCACAAACACCAGCAGGCCGAGAGGCAGGCGCUGCUCGCCGCGCAGAGGAAGGUGGAGAAGAUGAACGAGAAGAACCUGGAGAAGGGGCUCGGCGAUGAGAGGGAGGAUAACGACACGAGGAACGAGGCCCUGCAGCAGGCCCUGAGGGAGCAGCAGAGGAAGGUCCAGAGUUCACACGCAGCCACGAAGACGGAGAAACCAGACAAGCCGCCUCGCACGAUGUGGCUGGAAGAGCAAGUCAAGAGGAGGGAGACCGAAGGAGCCACGGCUGACGAAGGUGAGUGGGAGGACGUUGAUGAUGAUGAUGAUGAUGAUGACAUGGAGGAUGAAGACGAGGAGGCGAUGGAUCAGGAGCAGGGGGACUCUUCGUCUCCAUCGGACUCCAGAGCGGCCCCUCUGCUCAGAUCCAUCCCGGUCACAGACUGCCUGUUCUGCUCGCACCACUCCAAGUCGCUGCUGAAGAACGUGGCCCACAUGACCAAAGUCCACAGCUUCUUCCUCCCGGACGUGGAGUUCCUCGUGGACCUGAAGGGUCUCAUCCGGUACCUGGGUGAGAAGGUUGGAGCGGGGAACGUGUGUUUGUGGUGUAACGAGAAGGGGCGCUCGUUUUACUCCACUGAAGCCGUCCAGAGACACAUGACGGACAAAAGCCACUGUAAGCUCUUCGCAGACGGAGACGCAGCGCUGGAGUUCGCAGACUUCUAUGACUUUAGGAGCAGCUAUCCUGACAGGAAGGAGGGAGAGGAUGAUGAAGAGCUGCCUGACGACAAGAAUCUGGAGUAUGCUGAUGAAACUCUGGAGCUGACGCUCCCUUCAGGCGCUACGAUCGGCCAUCGCUCCCUCAUGAGGUACUACAAGCAGCGCUUUGGAGCGCAGCGAGCCGUCGCUCUGAGCCACAACAGGAACGCCGUCGGCCGAGUCCUGCGGCAGUACAAAGCCCUCGGCUGGGGGGGGGACAGAGGUAGCGGCUUGUCUCAUCAGAGCCGGAGGGACAUGCAGUUCGUCCAGAGGAUGAAGUCCAGGUGGAUGCUGAAGGUGGGCAUGAACAACAACGCCGUGCAGCAGAAACACUUCAGGUGCCAAGUCAUGUUCUGAGGUGGAGGAAGCAGCUGCAGGUGCUCCGACAGUUCGGCUGCGAAGGUGAACGUCUUUAAAACUUCCAGCCGUCGAAGGAAAAUGAGACAAGUCGAACCUGUCGGUCAGCCCGCUCUGAGGAACGAUGCAGGGAGGCUGAACUCGACCGGACGUUUUUCCACCCAACUAACUUAAAUCUAGAACGCCCAUCCAGGUGGAGAUCAACAACAUUCAACAUUUCUCGUAAAAUAAAAACAAUAUUUUUCUAAUUUAGUUUAGAAAUAUGUUGCUUUUCUAAAGUGACGAUGUCAUCAGUCUGAAUAUUAAUCAAAGCUUAAUAAAUGUGGAUUCAGAUGAAUUUCAUCUCUUUGCUCUGAUUCUUCAGGUUCAGUUAAUUGUUCUGAUUUUCAAAGAUGGAAGUCGUUAAAACGACUUCACGCAGCCGUUACCGUUUUAUCUCUU